AUGGCCGCCGUUUACAGCCAAGGAGAGUUGCCCAAAAGCUUCCCGUUGAACUCCAUCCGGCACAGCCUCUCCUUGAACAAGUGCUUCAUCAAGGUCCCCCGGGAGAAGGGCGAGCCGGGGAAAGGCGGGUUUUGGAAGCUGGACCCCCAACAUGCUGACCGGCUCAAGAACGGUGCCUUCAAAAAGCGGAGGAUGCCCCCAGUGCAGAUCCCCCCGUCCUUCACCGGAAGAGCCCAGCAAGAAGUACGGUGCGUCACCAACUCGGCCACUUCAACUUGCACCACCGAUAGCAUCCUCUACGUCAACACGGAGUCGCAGCAGCUGCUGAAAGAAUUUGAAAAAGUCACUGGCAACGAGAACCGGAAUCCAGAGGAUGGCAAAGCAGGCCAGAAGCGCAGGCAGCCCUUGCCCAAGCGAACGGCCAAGGCGUCGCGGCUUUCCAGCUCUGCCUUGCUGACCCAGGAAGAGCAGACCGAGCUGGGAUCGCUGAAAGGUGACUUUGACUGGGAGGCCAUCUUAGACACCAACCUGAGUGGGGACCUCUCCAUUUUCGGGGAUCUGGAGUUCACACCUCCACUAAGCCCCGCAACACGCAACCCGGACUUGACGGUACAAGGGCACCACGUCGACUGUCCUCAGGGGCAGGAGCAGGUCCUCACUGAACCCAGCCUGAACAACCUGGACUUUGACGAAACCUUGAUGGCCACGUCUCUCCUGCAGCAUCCCUGGGAUGAAGAGACAGACGAUCUCCUCUCCAACUGCAUCAACAUAGAUCAGUUGUUUGACCUCAAUGAUACCUCUUUGCCAGUGGAUGUGAGCGACUGGAGCAGUCUCACGGCCCUUUGA